GUGCCAGUUAUUGUAAGGAAUAUUCACCAGAGUCUGCUGUCCCAUGUCACUGUGGAUGCCAGGCAGCAAAUUGACAUUAUAAGGCUGGCUGAAAAACAUCCUGUUGAUGUGGUGCUGACUCUCCUGCGCUGUGCCCCAUCAUGUGACAGAGCUGCUGAAAUGAUGUGGAGAGCCAUAGGCUCGUCAGGACCAACAGUGGAGAAAGUGCUGCCAGCACUGCUCUGUGUGAUGGAGAACUGGCCACUUUGCAGCAUCUGCACCUCUGAUGGAGACAACAAGGAUGUUUUUCCCCUGACUGCAACUCUGGUGCUCUGGCUGAUUAUCCAAGUGCCUCAGUGCCACAAGGCAAUGAUGCUUUAUUCCGUUCGCCUGUUUGCGGCUCUGCUGUUCCAAGUUGUCAUUACCACCCAGCAGAUGCCACCAGUGGAAAUUGACUGCUUCUGGAGAGCGUGUCGGGAGCAACACCGCCUUCCCAGCAAACCCAACAGGUUUGCAGUGCAGGCCAUGAAGGCUCUGCUCUGCCAACUGCGGUGUGACAAUGUGGUGAUGCAAAUGGAAUGGCAGCGUGGCUGGGUCAUGAUGCUCUGUGCUGACACCCAGCAGUAUGCCAUGAGUCUGCUGGCCAGGGAGAUGCACGGUGCCUCCCUCUCUUUGUGUUCCUGCAUUGCACUCCGCCUGCUCCGGCUACUCAGCAGAGAGGAGCCACCCUGGGAUCUGCCCUUCUUGGCAUUCCUUGUGGAGGUCCUGGAUUGCCUGGACUUGCAUGAAUGUAGUCACAGCAUAUGGGAGAUUAUUUCAAGGCACCUGCAGAGUGAAGGCAGGCAGAGGCAUCACCUGGCACUCAGAGGCCUUGUGGUGCUCAGCGAGUAUCCCUUGAUGGCCAGACUUAUAUGCAGCCAGUCUCAAAGCCUUCUGGAGCUGCUGGGUGAUACAAAUGAAGAUGUAGUCAGCAUGUCCCUCUCUGUGCUCACAAAUAUGCUCCAAAACAAAUACAUCCUGAUAUCCAGCACUACUGCCCCAAAGCUGGCUGAGGCACUCCUGCUGCUCUUUGACCACUACAACAGCCAUGUGCAGCUGCUCUCCCUUGGCCUUUUCUGCAAGGUGAUGGAUUUGGUAGUAGCUGCGGGAAAAAAGCCCCUUGAGUCAAUCUUGUGCCAGAACCUGUGUCCACUUUUAUUCCACUGCCAUGAUGAAAACCGGCAUGUGGCAGAGGCCUCUCGGGAAACGCUGCUUCAUGUGGCCAAGUUCCUAAAGAGGAGAGAUCUCAAGCAGCUGGUGAAAAAAGACAAGAUGUUGGAGUUUUCCAAGUGUCUGGUAAGGACGGCCUGGAGAAGCCUCAACUUGGAGAAGCCUCAACUUUGAGAAGCCCCCCGGCCC